GUCAAUAUAAAGGUUCGCAGCAUAGUUGGCGUCAAACUAAGACUGAAGAAUACCAAGAUGAAGCUACUUCUGGUCGUUAAAGUAGCGAUUGUCGCACUUUGUGCGCACUCCGCGUCAUCAGAUAAGCCCUCAAUUGCGUCAGGUGCUGUGGUUCUCGAAGAAAAAGACGUCGGCACAGAUGCGAGUAAGGCAGUGAGCAGAAAAGCGUCGGAGACCCCAGCCAGUGGAACCUUAACAGAUAACGGCGACAGCACAGGCAAUGGCACUGAAGAACGAGGACUCCUCCAUCUGCUCUUAAAGAAAGGAAGCGGCUACGGACAUGGUUAUGAAGCUGGCGGUGGUGGUAUUAGUGUAAAUCUCGGCCUGUCUGCUGGUGGAUACAAGGAAGGGGGUUACAGUAGCGGAGGUGGUCAUGGCUACGGACACGGCGGAGGAUACGGUCAUGGUGGAGGUCAAGGCGCGGGUUACGGCGGGGGUCAAGGCGGAGGUUUCGGCGGGGGUUACGGCGGGGGUCAAGGCGGAGGUUACGGCGGGGGUUUCGGCGGGGGUCAAGGUGGG